AUGACUCAUCGUCAUGUUUUUGAAGCGGUGGACCGCACAUUUCGUGAUAUUAGAUCUAAGGUGAGCCCUAAUACGGCAGACAUACCUUUUGGCGGCAUGAUUGUGCUACUCGCCGGUGACUUCAUGCAGUAUUCGAAUUGGUGGAGAACAUGCGGAUUGAGAAAGACGUCCCACCAAUUACCAUUGAUGGGGAAACAAUGGUGUUCAGAGAUUGUGUGUUUGCUUUGGGUGAUGGAACUCAACAAGCCUUUGCUUUCGACAGGAAAUGGAGGCUUCAUGGAUAAAAAUUUAGAGGAGGAAUCAAUUCUUUUUGCGGACAUAAAAAAACAUGUGUCAAUUUUCUUCCAUGUUUUGGUGAGGCCCAAGGAGGAUCGUGUUCAAACAAUUGUGGACGAAAUAUAUGAAAGACUAGGCGAGAAGCCUUCUGACAUUGAAUAUAUUCGUGAUCGCGCAAUAUUAACUCCUCUCAAUGAAUAUGUUGAGACUGUUAAUAAUGAGGUCCUACAAAAACUGCCAGGAGAGCUUAAAGUUUAUAGAAUCUAUGACAAUAUUUCUCAAGGAAGCACAAACGUUGUGGCGGAAGAGAUCUUAUACCCUCCGGAAUAUUUGAACUCUUUGAAAUUCAGCGACCUUCCUAAUCAUGAACUAAAGAUUAAAGUGUGUGAGCCUAUAAUGUUGCUACGGAACCUUAAUCGCAAAAAGGGCUUGUGUAACGGAACUCGGCUUAUAGUGACCAGGUGUUAUCAAUUUCUGAUAGAAGCGCAAAUCAUAACUGGUAAUAAAAUCGGGGAGAUCACGUUGAUACCGAGAAUAAGUAUUUCCUCAUCUGACAAUACAUUCCCCACACCAUUGAAACGCAAACAGUUGCCGGUAUCAGUAUGUUAUGCUGUGACGAUUAAUAAAAGUUAG